ACCAUGGAUACUCCACCUGCCUCGCCUCCUCCUCCUCUUCCUCCUCCUCCUGCAGACGCUGAUGCGUCUCCAUCUACGUUGAAGCGGACACGCAAGGCGACACGGCUACGAUCAUUGGCCACUAGACCACCUGGGGCAGAAAGACCUGUGGUCAACGUCGAUCCUGCUACCGGCAAGGCCGAUGGUCCCUACAAGAAGAAAUUAAGAACAUAUUUGGGGAUUGUCGCUCGUGAUAAGGUCGACGUGACAUAUGACACCUGGAAGGAAGUCCCUACUGCUCAGAAGGAUUUGAUAUGGGAGGAUAUUCAGGCGGAAUUUCAAAUCCCUGAAGCUUCUGACAAUAGGACAAAGAAGAAAAUUCUUCAGAUUGUCGGCGAGCGCUGGAGGCAAUUUAAAUCUGACUUGACUAGGAAAUGGCCACUUGCAGUCGACAAGGACGGUGCGGACGACAUUGUCUGUGAAAAAUAUGGCAUUAGCAAGGAGAAAUGGACUCAGUUUUGUCAGACCCAUAGAGACCCCUCAUGGGAGGUAUGUACUUUGUCAUUUUAGUUGUU